AAUUAAAACAUUGGAAUGCAGAGAUGUCUGCGCUUAUAACAAGAAGGAAACAUGCUUUAUUAGCAAAACGACUUGAGUGCAAAGAAUAUACGACACUGACUAUAAUUCGCUCUCAAGAAGAGUACAUCUACCUGCAGUUGACAAGCACAGAUUUAACUUUAGAUUCUAACACACACACAGAGACAAGAUGCCGAGAAUUCUCGCUCUGUUGACUGUCUUCAUUGCUGCUGUAGCAGCUAACGUAUGUGAUGAAAAUAUGUUUGUGUCCCAUCCCAUAAGUGUGGAAGCUCGCCUUGGAGACUUUGUGAACUUCACCUGUGACAUAAGUACAGAUACAUAUUUGCAUCGGACCUUCAGGCAUUAUAUGGCAAAUGGAGCCUUCCUCGAGUUAAACGAUAUCAGGGAUAGAAAUGACAUGUUUUAUAGACGCGCUGUGGGUGCUUCUAAUGUGGCUAACACUCUUAUGAUAGAAGGAGUACAGUCAUACCAUGCUGGACAAUAUCAAUGCUUUGCUACCUCUGAUGGAAACAAUUGCCUAACGUUUUUUUCUUUAAACGCUACCUUAACUAUAAUCGGCGAGCCUGUUAUUAGUUCUGCCACUGAGUUCAGUGGUUUUACUACGGAGGACCUCAGUGUUACCCUCAGUAUAACUGGCACCGACCCUACCGUGCAAGUGUACAGAGAGGGAGUCCUCCUAGUCAACGGCCCUCGAAUAGAAUUUAGCUUUGCUAAUACACAGUUUGAGAUGAUCAUCAGUGACCUGAAACAGUCAGAUGCUGGAGAAUACAUAAUUAAGGCCAGUAAUGAUUUUGCUAAGGCGGAAACAACUAUCACAGUUAUACCAAUUGGUCCUGACCGUCCUGUGGUGGAGCUAAUGGAUGUGCAGGUGUCAGCCUAUGGGGAAGCUGUCCCUCUCACCUGCUCCAUUCAACCUGAAGCACAAGAAGACUCUGUUGAAUUUUUCUGGAGAGAUAUACAGAAUCGUGUCAUCACUCCAAACAGCAAAUUCAGCAUCUCGUCUGACACAAUGUCCAGUACACUGACUAUCAAUGCCCUCACAAGCAACUUCACUGGAGGGUACACCUGUGUGGCCAACAACUCUCGUGGCAGUACCCCCAAAGUUAUUAUUCUCUUUGGCCCACCAGCUCCUGUUACAAAUCUUCUUAUAGUGGGAACAAGUAGUAGUCGUCAGAGAACAGUCACUUGGCAACAGCCCGGCAACUCAGUGGAGCCCAUUCAGAAGCACAUGAUCCUGUUAUACAGAGAGGAUGAAGAUGUUGUGGUUAUGCAAAGAGAGGAAAACAGUUCCACUCUCACUACCGAUGGUGUGAUGUACUCCUACCCUCUGACCAACCUCAACCCUGGCAGCUUUCAGCUCACUGUCACUCCUGUAUCUGUGGUUGGAGACAACACCGUGCAGGGGCCGGAGAGUGCAAGGAAAAAAUUCACUGUUGAUGAGGACACUCAUGUUGUUGCUAUUGCUGUGGGAGCUGGUGCUGGAGUGGCUGUGCUGCUUGCCAUCGGUACUGCAGUGGGAAUAUUCUGCCUAUGCUUCUACUAUCCACACAGACGUCAGCUACAGAGUCAGCAACAAACUUGGAGCAGAGAGGACGUCAAAACUGAUGGUGCCCCUAAAAAUGAGUACACAGCGCUCACACUUCGUCCCAGCUCUGGCUAUCCCGCCUCUCCUGGUAUGAGCAGUCCCACUUCCGACCAGUUCCUUGCCAAUAUCGACCCCAAGUGGGAGUUUCCUCGUGAGAACAUCAAGCUGUGCGACCCUCUGUGUGAGGGUCAGUUCACGGUACUCUACAAAGGGCUGGCAACUGGCAUCAAGGAGAAACCUGUUGAUGUGGCCAUCAAGUCAGUCAGAGUGGAUGCCACCGAGGACGAUGUGAAAGCUCUAGUGGCUGAGAUGGAGAUGUUGUCCAGUAUUGGGCCUCACGAGAACAUUGUUUCAAUGCUGAGAGUCUGUACUGUUGGAAAGCCUAUGUACAUGGUGAUGGAGUACAUGUGUCACGGUGACUUGCUGGGUUUCCUGAGGACAUCCCGUGGUCACAACGGACGAUACACAGUUUCCCCCGGCCUUGGAUACCAGGCCCCAGCUAUCAACCUCUAUCCUAGGGACCUCCUCAACAUUGGUGCCAAGAUCGCUAAUGGCAUGAGAUACCUCGCUGAUAGAAAGUUGGUCCACCGUGCCCUCUGUGCCAAGAAUGUCCUGGUUGGCGCCAACAUGAGCAUCAAGAUCUACAAUGUGGGCUCCUUCGACAUGACCUUUGAGAGCAGAGACUACAUCAUGAAGUGGCUAGCCCCAGAAACCCUCUUUGAUCAGACUGCCACUACAUACAGCGAUGUGUGGUCGUUUGGUGUGGCACUGUGGGAGCUGGUGACUGUGGGGGGUACCCCCUAUGGAGAGAUUCAGCCUGAGGACCUCUACUCGCAACUCAUGAACGGAAUGAGAAUGCCUUGUCCUCAGCACUGCGCCCAAGAAAUCCACGAACUCAUGCUGGAUUGUUGGAGGAGGAAUCCAGUGGAUCGCCCACACUUCUCUGUCAUCCAUGAGAAGCUCGAAGACCUGGCCAAUUCUAAAGUGAAUCUGUUGGACUUCCAGAACUAUGACAUGUACAUCUACUCUCAAUUCGAAGAACCCGUCGCUCUCUCAACUGUUCUAUAGCACUAACACUCUGUCAUGGCACUCAACAACCAUUUUUAUUUAUCUUCUUGUUUCUGUCUCAAUCAUUCAUCUAUUUUCUUGAUCUUGAUAAUUUAGUUUUUCUUCCGUGUUGUUUUUGUACGUACAAUUUAUACAUCAGCUGCAGUUGUAAUACUAUAACGUCACGUAUCUAUACUAUUAUAAUUGAUAUACAGUA